GUUCUUGAUUGUACGGAUGUUCUUGAUUGUUGCUUCAAGUUUAUUUUUUCUCCCCUCGAAGGAAACGAAGGUUGAUGGCCAUCUUGGACCAGCAUUGCGCGGAGGAGAACAAGCUUCGAUGUCGACCCCGAGGCGGCGGCGCCGCCGUCGCGAAGUCGGAGUACGACUUCCUAUACCUUCCAAUCGAUUUUAGGACAAAAUGCAACAAAGGCUACGCGUUCGUCAACAUGACGACGCCGACGGCCGCACGGCGGCUCUACGCGUUCCUCCACGGCCACCACUGGGCGGGCUGCGCCAAGGUCUGCGAGGUCGUGCACGCCCACAUCCAGGGAGUGGACGCGCUGGCGGCGCACUUCUCCCGCUCGCUAUUCCCAUGUGGCAACAACAAGGAGUUCCUGCCGGUGCGGUUCGGGCCUCCCAGGGACGGCCUCCGGCAGACGGCGGAGCGCACCAUCGGCUGUGCGGUGGUCCGUCGUCGCCUCAGCUGACCUUGUUCGCUCGCUGCACACCGGCCGUGUUAGACCUCUAUCUUGCAUUCUAUCUAUUCCAUGUCAUGCCAAUGCCAAUGCCAUCGAUUGAUAGAACGGGAUAUGGAGGUUGGCUCAGUUAUGAAUUUCCAUUCUCUCUCUAAAAAAAAGAGAUAUGAAUUUCCAUGGCUAUUUCAUGUUUUUAAGAUGAAUCUUCAGAAGCUAGUAGUAGUACUAAUAGUCCAGCCAGGCGUACUACGAGUAGUCCAGUAUUGGUAGCAGUAUGCGUCUAGCCAGUGACGUUUAGCUCGUGGGCUAUAUCUGAAUGUUUAAUGUCUUGGGAUCUCCCGUGUUAUGUGCAGUAAAAUUAAAUGUACUGAAGCCUAGUGGAAGGAGC